AAAAAACGGAGCACGAUGGAGAGAAGCUUGAAAUAGUCUUGAAGAAUGACUACAUUGACUGCUCAUGAAUGUUUCAGUAAUCUACAAUGCUAAACAUUGCUAUUUUUCUCUCAAAUUGUCUCUUUCAAGUUUCUGGCCAGCAUCAUUGUGUCUACAGAGUUGUUUCUCAAGUUUACCCAUGGAAAAUCAUGUGAAGGUUUAUUUUGCCAUAAAGAGAAUUUGUCACAUACAAACCUUAGUUCCUAUAUAAAUCAGCUUAUGAGCAGCUCAACCUCGGAGAGUCCAGGAAAACCUGCAAACAAAGUGGCCUUCCAAGGAAUCAUUGAAAGUCGCAAACUAAACAAGAAAUGUUGUUACAAUGGAGGAACUUGCUUUCUGGGCACAUUUUGCGUCUGUCCAAAGCAGUACACCGGACGUCACUGUGAACAUGAAAAGUGGCCUCUACACUGCCAUGGAGGAAUCCUCAAUGGAGAGUGGAUUGUUCAAGGUUGUUCUUUAUGUAGAUGUUUCUCAGGAGAACUUCACUGCUUGCUCCCUGCACCAGAAUGUGAACAAGAAAAAUUUGCCAUGAGAUCCUCGGGGUCAAAGUUACACCGCUGCUGUUUAACAGUACUUGGAUUGACACUAAUGAUUUUUUUGCUGUGUGCGGGAUUUUAAAAAAUGCUUGAUGGAUACCUUUUCUGUAUUCUGCACUUUUAAAGAUUUUCCUAUUUGCAAAUGAGAUUUGGUUGCAUAGAAUUUACAUACCUCUAAU